AUGUUGCAUUUGAAGGCUAAUGAAUCGUCUGACAAUCAGUCAACUCCACAAUCGAACAAGCGUUUUCUACAGAACCCACACGCGACACAGACUUCCACAACCUUAUCAGUUAAUAUGCAAGCCCAUAAUACUCCCCAGCAUUCCUCAAGCCUCCCAUCCUUAAUCUCCAAACACGUCAUUCCAAAUCCGCAAGGUUUUUCGCCACUGGCCACAGACAUUCCUAAUGUGGUACUUUCUGUCAAUGCAUCCAAGCUUCCACGGUCGGUUUUAUUAGCAACUGCGAUCGUGGUUCUUGAAGACCAAUUUGGGAAUACUACGCAAGCUAGGGCACUUUUGGAUAGUGGCUCUCAGCUGUGCUUCAUUUCGGAGCAUGCGUCACAGCGUUUGAAAUUCAAGCGUUCACGCGAAGCACUAUCGAUUAGCGGCAUCGGCCAAGCUGUAAAGCAAUGCAAGCAGUCUAUUUUCGCACGGGUCCGAUCUCGCGUCUCAACCUUCUCUGGUGAUGAGGUAUUCCACGUGCUCCCUCGCGUUACGCUAAAUUUACCGAUCCGAAAGGUAGACUCAACUGGGUGGAAGCUUCCCGAAGACAUCGCUCUUGCAGAUCCGUACUUCACGGAGCCAAGCCACGUUGACAUGAUCAUCGGAGCAAGCCUAUUCUUCGAUCUGCUACGCAACGAGAAAAUCAAGCUAGGAGAAAAUGGACCUGUUGCGCAGAACACCACCCUCGGUUGGAUAAUUUGUGGAAAUCUACCGGAUCAUUCGGAUAUACGAAGGCCGCACGUUGCGAACGCGUGCACUGAGAAGUUGGAUGAACUCCUGACACGCUUCUGGGAGUUAGAAGCGUGCAAAUCGAAUAGUGUUUUCUCGUUGGAGGAAUAUGCAUGCGAGAAGUUCUUCGAUCGUACAACGGUACGAGAUGCAUCCGGGAGAUUCGUCGUGACGCUCCCCAAGAAGGACUACCUCAUCCAACAAUUAGGCGAUUCGAGGGCAACCGCGAUGAAGCGGUUCCUGUCUCUCGAACGUCGGUUGUCUGCUGAUCCAGAGCUGAAGCGGACAUACACAGGUUUUAUUCACGAGUACCUUCAGCUGGGACAUAUGGAGGAAGUACUUGGGAACGAUGUCAAUGAUACCCUACCGGAAUAUUUCAUUCCGCACCAUUGCGUCAUCAAGCCUGACAGCACGACCACUAAAUUGCGAGUUGUAUUCGACGCGUCUUGUCCAACGUCAAGUGGCAUCUCGUUAAAUAAUGCUCUAAUGGUUGGACCCACGGUUCAGGACGAUAUUAUAUCGAUUGUCCUUCGAUUUCGUUUCCACGCAAUCGCUAUAGUUGCGGAUGCAGAGAAGAUGUACCGGAUGGUACAACAACAACCGGCGGAUAGAAGGCUGCACAAAAUCUUGUGGCGGGACAAUCCGAACGAGUCCAUUCGUGUUUUCCAACUGAACACCGUUACGUACGGGACGGCCUCAGCGCCGUAUUUGGCCACCAAGUGUCUCAACCGACUUGCAGAACUCGAUGGCAACAAGUACCCCGAGGCAGCCAAGGUACUCAGAAAAGACUUCUACGUCGAUGGCAUGAUGUCCGGUGUUGACGAUGUAGAAGAGAGCAAACAAUUAUGUAGCGACAUUCAAGAACUCCUGAGAGGAGGGGGGUUCAAUCUCCGGAAAUGGAGCAGUAAUUGCUCAUCUGUUUUGAAGAAUAUCCCUGAGGAACUUCAUGACGAUCGUUCAUCGUUCGAGUUGGACGACUCUAGUGCCACUAUAAAAACGCUGGGUCUCAUCUGGGAACCUAGAUUGGACGUCUUCCGGUUCAAAGUACCGGAGUGGAAUACUUCGCGGAUCUGUAAGCGUACGGUCAUUUCUGAUCUUGCCCGAAUAUUUGAUCCUGUAGGAUUGAUCGGAGUAGUGAUCGUUUCUGCAAAAAUAUUCGUCCAGAAUCUUUGGAGACAUAAGGUUACAUGGGACGAACCACUGCAAGAAAAGCUUCAAGCGCAAUGGUUGGAAUUCAGAACAAGCCUAUCCUACCUAGAGAACCUGCAGAUUCCGAGAUGGAUCGCCUUCCGAAAGGAUUGCCUGUCAAUGGAGUUCCACGGCUUUUGCUAUGCAUCUACAAAAGCCUAUGGAGCGUGCAUAUAG